AGGGCCAAAGACAAAAUAUAUAUAAAAAAAAACCUCAAGCUUCUCAAAAUAUAUACAAAGCUGAAUGUGAACCAAAAAGACCAACCUCGACCCUUCCAUCCAUAUAAACGUAGUCCAUGUAUCAUCACUCCAGCCAUAUCUCCAACUCCCUACCAACUCGGCCCCAUUCAUCCUUCUCAAUCUCCGGCACCAUUACUUCUUUCAAUCCUUUCUCUACUUCCUUCCAAAGUUAGGGGCGGCGACAGAGGGUGAAAGACCAACAAAAAAAAAAACUCUGAAGCUCCUCAAAAUAUUUACAAAGUUGGAUGUGAAGCAAGAAGACCAACCCCUACCCUUCCAAUCCAUAUAAGCGUAAUCAGCACUGCAGCCAUAUCUCCCACUCUCAACCAACUCGGUCCCACUCAUCCUUCUCACUCAAUUUCCGGCACCAUUUCUCCUUUCAAUCCUUUCUUUACUUCCUUCCGAAGUACCGUACCAAACCAUUACCUUCUUCCUCCAAUAACCCAUUACUCGAUCCAAAAGCUAUUCCCUGCUUUAAAACUUCAACAACAAAGCCAAGUUCCGUUCCAUUCCAGUUCUCUCUUUGCUUUGUUAUCUAAGAUGGAGUGCUACUCCGAGGAAGUGGAUAGUAGGAGCUGUGAAGAGCGCAAGAAACAAAAGAAGACGGCCGAGGAGGGAGGGACUAGAGGAGGAGGAGGAGGAGGAGGAGGGAAAGGAGGGGAUGGUUCGAGUAUCGAGGUCGUCAAGAGGCCCAGAGGCCGCCCGCCAGGAUCCAAGAACAAGCUCAAGCCGCCGGUCGUCAUCACCCGGGAGUUCAUCGAUCCCUCGCCUGCCAUGCGGCCCCACGUCCUCGAGAUCCCCGCCGGCCGCGACGUCGCUGCCGCCCUCGCCGCCUUCUCCCGCCACCGCUCCCUCGGCAUCUGCGUCCUCGCCGCCUCCGGUACCGUUGCCAGCGUCACCCUCCGCCAGCCACCCGUACCGCCGGACGGAUCCGCUGCCGUGACGUUUCGCGGCCGCUUCGAGAUACUCUCCAUCUCCGCCACCUUCUUCCCGCCGACCCUUCCCGUCGCCGCGGGCGGCGGGUUCUCCGUGUCGCUGGCUGGGCCGCAGGGGAGGGUGCUUGGGGGCAUGGUAGCAGGGCCGCUGGUGGCAGCGGGGACCGUAGUGGUGGUGGCGGCGGCGUUCGCACAGCCCAGCUUCCACCGGCUGCCAAUGGAGGAACAGGCGGGUUCGGCCUCCGCCUCGCUCUCCGGCGGCGGCGGCGGAGGUGGAGAUGAGGCUGCCGCCCAGCCUCAUCAAGAUGCGGAUGAUUACAAUGAUCAUGACGAAGAAGCACAGCAUCACUAUCAUCACCGGCAUUAUGAUCACGAUCACGAUCAUGGAUCGUCCGACAGCAUACGGAUCUACGGUGGUCACUUCCCUCCCCAUGUGUGGAAUCCCACCCUCUGCUCCCCAAAUCCACCGCCGCCGCCGCCACCGUAUUGAGUCUCUAGAUUUUAUCUUCUUCUUUGCUGUAAAAAGAAAUUAUCUGAUUUUUAUUUUCUUGAACUGAAAGUUCGAGGCUUAUAUGUAUGGUGAAGUGGAUAACGAUGGAUGACGGGGAUGCGUCCUCUUGACAUUCAUCUUCUUUUGUUC